AUGGCUGCGAGCUCGUCUUCUCCAAUGAGCAUGCCCGCGCAGAGCCCCAUCACUGAACACACCAACCACACCACCAACAACAACGGAACAGCAGCAUCACCCACACAAUCUCAGUCAGCCAGCAAACGCAGCAGAGGUCGUCCACGCAAGUAUCACACCGAUGCCGAGCGCGAAGAAGCCAAACGCCGGUAUCGCGAAAACCACAAGACCAAAGCCGCAUCUGCUGGCGGGGUUGGCAGUGGAGCAGGAGGCGCCAGUUCCGCAAAUGCCAGUGCUGCGGCUCUGAAUGCUGCUGCUGCUUCUUUCACACCUAUUCAGCCUGCAGCAAAGCAGCAAGAUAUUGAUGAGUUGUGGGAGGCUAUUCGUGCAUUGCAGGNNGGGGAGGUUGAGAGAUUGAAGGCGGAGUUGAUGCAGAGGGAUGCCGCUGCGGCUGCCGCUUUGCCUGGACAGAAGCGCAGAAAGGUGUGA